CCUCAUCCUGCUGCGGCCGAUUGGGCGCGAGCCGAUUUUGUUGUUUAAGUUCCGCGCGUGCGGAGCCCGGCCGACUGGGCCAAUUGGGCGCGAAAGCCCAGAGCGGCGGCGCGCGCCAAGCGCGCGCAGUGCGGGCGCCGUUGGCGCCACCGCGGCGGAUGAGCCGAUGGGGCCCGUCCCCCGCGCGCCCGGGCGUCCCCCUGGCGCCCGGGGCACAGGUGCUGGCUUCAGCGCUGCCUCCCGCGGCGCCAGCGGCAUCGCUGCCGGCGUGGUCAGAACACUCGCCGAGCAGAGAGCAGGUGGAUCUGCUAAUCGACGCCGUGCGCUCGACCAUACGCGAAGAGUUGGGCGACCUAUUUGCGAAGGGUGGGCACGUGCGCAGUUUCAUGCGGAGCGAGGUGGAUGCUGCCCUGCAGAGCUGGGGCUGCGAGCUUGCAGUCAGUAUGGCCAGUCGGCCGACCGCCACUGCCGAUGCGUCGGCUACUGAUUCGCGCUCCAGCGAGCUACACUUGGCCAGCACGCCCCCGAAGGCUGGCCAGGCAUUGCGCCCCUCACUGUGCGAGUCAGGCACAGUUGAUCUCCGGUCGCACCUGAUCAAAGAUGAGGCGGGAUCGUGUCUAUCUUCUCCUUCGAAACGUAAAGAGGCCGACAACGUCCUUCGGUGCGAGAAGGGCCCAACACAAGAGCCAAAGUCAGCACGCGCGGCGGAGAGUGUGAUAGGGGGGGGUGAUUUGAUGUCUGCGGCGGUCGACCAUUACUCUGGGUGGGCGAAGUUGGCUGGUUUCAUGAGUACCCGCGAUUCCUUGCGCAGCGAGGAGUCCCUGCGCAUCACGGAGCACAAUGUCCUUCGUUGCAUGAUGGAAAAGGUGAGCAGGUUGCGGGAUUGGCUGCUCAACCUCCAAGAGCCGCCCCGCGAGGGGUGUUUGUCUGGCUUCGUCGCGGGCAGGGUAUUCGAGGGGGCAGUCUGCGUAACGAUUCUCCUCAAUUGCGCAUUUAUGAUGUACGUUGCCGACGAGGAGAUCAAGAACCCCAACGACGUCCCCCAGUGGGUGAGGGUGGGCGAUAUUUUGUUCUUGGCGUUCUACACCAUGGAGAUGGUAUUGAAGCUGGUGGUUCAUCGCCAAUGGUUCUUUUGCAACGCGAAUUGGAAAAUCAAUACGUUAGAUCUGACACUGGUGGCUGCAGACUACAUCUCGUUGACCGCUUCAGGUGGAUCUGGAGGCGCCUUGAGAUUGGUUCGCACGCUGAAGCAACUCGGGAGAAUUACUCGUACAGUCAGGGUGAUGGCCCACAUGAAGCAUCUCCGAGUUCUCGUUGUUUGCAUCGAGGGAUCUUUUUGGAGCCUCUUCUGGAGUGUGGUCAUGCUUCUUAUGGUUUGCGGUCUCUUCUCGCUCGUCCUGGUGCAGGUCGUCACAUCGUACCUCGUCGAGACAGGUGAAGCUAUAGAAGGGACCGUUUUCUACGACCUUUUCGGGUCAGUCGGAAAAUCCACUCUGACGCUGUACAAGUCAGCCACAGGUGGCGAUGACUGGGCCAAUACGUACGAUGUGAUCAGAUUGUCAGGGGAACUUGGGAGUGUCUUGUUUUUGCUAUUCGUCUCGUUCGUGCAGUUCGCUCUGAUCAAUCCAAUAGGCUUGCGCCAUUGCGACGACCAGCAGGAGAGGUGGUGCAUGACGACUCCUGUUGCCAAAACGCCGUCUUCUAGAAGAAGGUAGCGGGGUAGCAUCAGUAAGCAUGUUUUCCUUUUCACCAGCCAAUUUCGUAAUGCCUAAAGGUGUUCCAUUUCAACUUCUCUCUCUCUCUCUCUCUCUCUCUCUCUCCCGGUCGGCGGACAUCAUCACAGGUAUUUUCGUGGAUUCAGCAAUGUGCAUCCUCAAACCAGACGCGGAUACUCUCGCCCACGAGGACGCUCAGAAGCUCGAGCGCAUUUGCCGCAGCGUCGACGGGGAUGUCAACGGCAAGUUGUCGUCGGAGGAGUUCAAGCUAGGCAUGCGGAAGAAGCAAAUUUCCGCGUUGAUCAAGACCAUGGGACUUCAAAGGCAUCACCUUGUCGAGUUUUUUCAUUACAUGGCUGAGGUCCAAGAUGACGACGGGAUGGUUGAUAUUCGUUCGUUUGUGAACGGCUGCAUGUUGCUGAAAGGAGCUGCCACCAAUUUUGAUUUGCAAAAGCUGCACGCGGAGAUCAAAGCCAUGCAGGUACGACAUGACCGGCAUUUGAACAAUGUCAUUCAGCUCUUGCGCGAAUUGCAGGUCUCGCCCAAAACGCAGCACUUCAACAUUCGCAUGCGGACGGAAGAACAAAGUGAAUUCGUUGCCGGAGCCUAACCAAGUGCAUGCAGCUCCCAUGUAUCAACAGGGUACAAAUAUAAUAACUAAAUCCAAUUUUUUCCUGACACGGAUCAUUUGCGCGAGAGCAAAUUAUUUAUUUUCCUGCCUUGCAAGCACGAGUUCGGCGCGCCUUUGAUAGUUGUCAGCUGGCGGCAUGGCAUGCCGUUCGCUUCCUCGAGCCAUGACCACUGCCAGAAGAAAUAUCGACGCAUCAGCCGAUCCCAAGGUGGAUUGGCAACACCCUGGUAUCUCCAGUUGCUAGAUGCCUCGUAUUUAUUAAUGUGCCGCCACGUUGCUUCGGUAGCGAAUUCUCCUUCAACGAGUGACGAGAACCCAACGAGGGGCCUUCUUCACAGAAAAAA